CUCGAGGAGAUUAUGGACCGGAUCAAAUACGACCUUGACGCAGACCGAGAUCUACUCCCUGCGGAUUUCUUUGACCUCAUUGGCGGCACAUCCACAGGAGGCCUGAUUGCGUUGUUGGUGGGCCGUUUGCGCCUAUCGGUGCCAGAGGCCAGGAGGGAAUAUGUCCGCAUUGCGGAGGAAGUCUUCUCCAUUCCGAGAUACCUCAAGGCGAGCACGUUUGAAGGCCAGAAGCUAAACGAGGCGGUAAAGCGGCUUCUUGGGAAUGGUCGCCGCGAAGAGAGAAUGUUGGACAAAGAUGGUAGCUGUAAAGUGUAUGCAUUCGGAGUUUCUUUUCCGGCGAACAGCUAACCCGUCCAGGUUUGUCUGCGCCGUGCCACAACAAGACGUCAAGGCUCGAGCCGGGCCUCGGUUGUUCAGGACUUACAAGGUGCGCGAAAACGCUUCGUUCGACUGCACGAUCUGGCAGGCGUGCCGCGCAACCUCGGCGGCACCUUCGUACUUCGAACCCAUCGCCAUAGGCUAUGACGGCGAGCAGGAGACGUUCGUGGAUGGCGGGCUAGGCUACAACAACCCAGUCGAACAAGUGUUGGAGGAGGCGAAGCGCAUCUUUCCUGGGCGGAAGGUGGCCUGCGUCGUUAGUGUUGGAACCGGCGUCGCCAGCGUCAUCACCUUUCCAGACUCGCCAAAAACGAGCCCAAUAAAGCUAAUCAAUGCACUCAAGAAAAUGGCUACGGAGUCGGACACGACGGCGGAAAAGAUACACAGGCGAUUUCAAGACGUUAAAGAUAUGUAUUUCCGCUUCAGUGUCGAUCGUGGCCUCCCGCACGUAGGGUUGGAAGAGUGGAAAGACUUGCCCACAGUGCGCACUGUCACGACCGAAUAUCUUAGGCAACACGCAAUAUCUAAACAAGUCGACGGAGUAGUCAAGGCAUUACUAGCAUCGAAGGUUGUCCGCAAAGAGGGCUCGAACAGACACAUUCAGCUUUCUAGUUGCCGUUCAAGCGGCGCAGGAAGCUCACAGGGUCCGGCUCGGCUGCUAGAACGGCCACCUAACCAAGGGACUAUCCCAAGCUUUCGCUAUACUACCGAGGAUCUGGCAUCUCAUAUCCCAGAAAACCCCACCCAGGGCCACUUCACCGUCCCGUUCGGAAAGAACAAGUACUUCGUCGGACGACAGUCGAUUAUUGCACAGCUCCUCGAGAAAAUCCCCCCUGCAGCAGACGAGGACAACUGCCAAUGGAUAGCCAUCGAAGGCCUCGGUGGGAUUGGGAAGACACAACUUGCCAUUGAAGCUGCCUUCCGGGUCCGCGAUCAGCACCCCGACUGCUCUAUCUUCUGGGUUCCCGCAGUAGAUCCUGCCAGUUUUGAGAAUGCCUACCGCGAGAUCGGCCAAAAGCUCAAACUUCCGGGGAUCAAUGAGGAUGAGGCAGAUAUCAAGGAACUCGUUCGGAAAGCCCUAAGCGAAGAUGGCGCCGGAACCUGGCUCCUGAUUAUCGACAAUGUUGACGACCUUAAACUCCUCUCCGGCGAUACCGAUAUUGCGGAGUAUCUCCCACGUAGCCAGAAAGGUUCGAUCCUGUUUACAACGCGGAAUCACAAAGUCAUAGGAGAACUUGAUAUCCGAAACAGGAACGUAAUCGUCGUAGAGGAAAUGAACAAGGACGAAGCGCUCGAGCUGUUGAUGACGGACCUAGUGGAGCAUCAAGUCGCCGAUACAGAGAGCACGACAAGGCUACUCGAAUUCCUCGCCUACCUGCCUCUAGCUAUACGACAGGCUGCGGCCUUCAUGGCUAAAAAUGGGAUGUCGACCAAAAGGUACUUCGGGUUAUAUCAGUCGAGCGAAGAGGAGGCUAUCGGGCUUCUAAGUGAAGAUUUCAAGGAUCGACAUCGCUAUAAAACCAGUCAAAAUCCGGUUGCAAGGACUUGGUUAAUUUCGUUCCUCCACAUCUCUCGGGACGAUCGGCUCGCUGCCGAAUACCUCAAAUUCAUGUCAUUUCUUGCGGAGAAGAACAUUCCAAAAUCUCUCCUACCGCCAAAUCACCAGGAGCGGAAGGUUUUGGAGGCAAUUGGCACGCUAAAAGGGUACGCAUUCAUCGGUGAACGGCUAGAUGAAGUUUCAUACGACAUGCACAGACUAGUCUCAUUGGCAAUGCGAGGCUGGUUAUACAAGAAAGAGUUGGGGGGGGAAAUUGCCAGAGUAGUGAUACAUCGACUCGACGAAGUAUUCCCUUUCCCGACAAAUAAUAACAGGGUCAUCUGGGAGAGGUAUUUGCCGCAUGCGGAGAAAGCGUUAGAGUUUCGAGACAGUAUGACGGACAAAGUCACAUCGCAUCUUCUCUUUUACGUGAGUGCGAGUAACGUUAGACUUGGGAAGUACGCGAAGGCCGAGGGGAAGUGUAACGAAGUCAUUGGCCUACAGCGAGAAAUGCUUGGCGACAAACAUCCAGACACGAUCCGGAGCAUGGCANNUCUCGCAUCGAUAUACGCCAAGCAAGGCAAGCACGAUAAGGCCGAGAAGAGGUAUAUCGAAGUCAUUAGCCUACAGCGAGAAGUGGUUGGGGAUAAACAUCCAGAUACGAUCCGGAGCAUGGCAGCUCUCGCAUCGAUGUACACCAAGCAAGGCAAGCACGAGGAGGCUAAGAAGAUACCUGCCUCCUCUGUAUCGGCAUUCUCGUCUCAGCGACCUUGUUGGUAUAAUAUUAACUGCACCAAGAUCGAAUGCACAUUCCGGCAUUCUGUGCGUGCUUGUCGGUAUGAUACCAACUGCACGAACACCAAAUGCACAUUCCGGCAUUCUGUGCGUGCUUGUCGGUAUGAUACCAACUGUACUAACACCAAAUGCACAUUCCGGCAUUUUGUCCGUGCUUGUCGCUAAGGUCCAGUUCCAAUUCCGGCGGUGUCGGCCUGCCGCAUUAACAAGGGCAUGGCGGGAUGCAGUUCAAUUCAGCAAUCUACGACCCAAAGGGUGUAUUGGUUUCUAGAGACGAGAACGAGGGUGCUUGGUGUGG